AUGGGCGGCCUAUCAUUCGUCCAGGCGUCCGCUAUCAUUGCAACUAUUUCUGCCGUCUUGGCCUACUUGCAUAAGUUGCUGUCGCCUUGGGUAGAGCUGCCACGACUACCCGAACAAUGGCUCGCCUUUCGUAGUGGCCUAGCCUGGACGCUUUUCAAGGACCGCGUUGGAUUUUUCGAGGGAGUUGCGUUGGAUCGUAAAUUUGGCUUUGCUAUCAUGACUUCCGAUCCUGGAAGAGUAUUCUGGAAUACUUUAUGGGGCCAAACACGAAAUCCGCACCCAGAAGGCCGUUUACUUCUAUACCACUAUGCAGGGUCUGGUACCCUCCAGGACCUAGAGCUUGAUGAUUUCCCUUCUGGUUUUACUCUCCGUCCCCUCGGCCUCAACUUUUUCCGCGCUGAUGGAAGCACACUGACAAGAUUGUUUGUGGUCAACCAUGGUAUCGAUGGAGGUACAGUGGAGGUUAUGGACAUCGACUACGAAAAUGCCCGGGCUACUUACGUGACAACUAUAUCGGAUGGUGGUCACACGAUACGAUCCCCAAAUUCCGUUGCGCCGGUUUCCUAUACUUCAUUCUAUGUCACAAAUGACCACUAUCUUAUCAGACGAAAGCACCCAGUACUUUCUUUAACCGAGUCAGUUCUUGGUCUUCCACUAGGAUGGGUCAGCUUUGUGGACUUCACAUCAAAAACCGAACCAAUAUUUACAAUCGCUGCUGGGGGGAUUCCAUAUGCCAAUGGUAUUAUUGUGACGCCCACUGGGAAAGAAGUAUUAGUUGCUUCAAGUAGCACCGACUUUGUCAGGAUUUACGAACGCGAGACCGAAACUAAUACUCUUUCUGGGGAUUAUAAAAAAGUCUACCUAACCUUUCAUCCCCAUAGCCUCAGUUUCGAUGAGUCCCUAGAAGUUGACGACCCAACUGUUUUCGAUAGACACGGGAAGUUUCUUCGCGGAGUCAUUGCAGCAGGAUCUCCAGAUUCUGGCAGACUCUUUUGUAUGGCAAGAGGGCCACACGGAUGUGUAGCACCGUCUGUUGUUGCAGAGAUUCGACGUGGAUAUGGGCCAGAUCUUAGCCCCUUUCCGGGAAGUCUGUUCAACCUACAAAGUAAAUACUAUGCCCGGACGCUAUAUGCUGAUGACGGAACGAACUACCCAAGCAGUACGACUGGUGAUAUGGACUCCAAACGAGGCCGACUUAUCGUGAGUGGGCUCUACGCUGAUGGGCUCUUGGAUAUCACGUGGGAUCCAAAGGAGAAGUUUUCUUGA